AUGAAGAGGAGGGGCCCCAGCACAGAGUCCUGGGGCCCACCUGAAGAGAUGGGGGAGGGCUCCUCCCUGACUGUCAGGCCCAACACAGCUCAGCUGUUUGUUCAUGAGUCUCUUCAUCUGAGCUGUGAGGAAGACUCUGCUGGAUGGACGGUGAAGAGGAACACGACCACAAAAACCAUGACAGAGUGUGGAGACACCUGGGGAAAACUAACAAACUCCUCCUGUAGUAUCAGUUACACAUUCCCAAAAGACAGUGGAGUUUACUGGUGUGAGUCCAGAGAGGGAGCAACCAGCAACACCAUCAACAUCACCGUCACUGGUGGUGAUGUGAUCCUGCAGAGUCCUGUCCUUCCUGUGAUGGAGGGAGCUGCUGUGACUCUGAACUGUACAACCAGGACUCCCUCCAACCUCCCAGCUGAUUUCUAUAAAGAUGGCUCCCUCAUCAGGACUGAGUCUACAGGACAGAUGACCAUCCACCAUGUUUCCAAGUCUGAUGAAGGCCUCUACCACUGCAACAUCUCUGGUGAAGGACAGUCUCCACCCAGCCGGCUGGCUGUGGCAGUGCAACCCACGACUACAACUCCUCCUCCCAUCUCCACUACUCAAGCUUCAACUACACGCUCCAACUCCUCUCCUCAAGCUUCAUCUCCUCAACACUCCUCCUCCCCUCGUCUGCCCCUCUGGUGGAUCCUUGGAUCUGCCUGUGGGCUGGUUCUCCUGGUUCUCCUGGUGGUUUUGGUGCGGUACGUCCGCAACAGAUCCAAAGGCUGUGCUCCUGGUACAGUUUCCUCAGAGGUGAGAGGAGCUGCAGACGUCACUUAUGGACAAGUCGUCAUCAAACCACACGGGAGGAAAGUGAACAUGCUGGCAGGUGUGAUAGCAGGUAAACGCCUCAGUCACACUUCAGCUUCCUGUUUCCAGUGA